GUUCUAAGAAGCAUUUCUAGUCUACAUUUUAUCUAGUAUACCUAGAAAGAAGACUGAAAGCUAACCGGAAGGCUAGUUGGAGGCAAAAUUUCGUCCCGAAUAACAUUGGAGCCGCAACCCUUUCAGUUGCUCCGCCUACAAAUUUGUGUACCUUUCUCUCUUGUGAAAUCCCUGCAGCAGAAGCAGACGAAACUUGAGCAGAACUGUGAAAGCUAUCAAAUAAUCAAUGUAAGUCUUGAUUCAUUCAGGCUUUCAAACGGUUUCGUUUUAAUUUUCUAGAAUGUAUUUUACUGUUUAAAGUGUUGGACCGAGUUUACUUUUAUAUUGGUAUUGGGUUCAUUCACGCUAGUUCCACCUCCACACUUUGAGGUCGAGUGAACUUGCAAACUAUUAUUUGUACACAAAUGGUGACAGUGCUGGUCGGUCGAUCGAAUAGAAAUCUGAAUCCAAAAGUAGGGCGUCUGUAAAAUAAACGACACUUUCCCCAUUCCCUCAUUAAAACGUGAGAUGCCCAUAAAUAUUCUUACCCAACUGAAGCUGGAAAAGUAAGGCAUUAGUGGUGAUGAUAUGAUGAAAUAUAUGCGGCAUUUUUUUCUCCUCUGUGGCUUUGUGUGCAUUUCCAUUCUCUUCACAUACAACUACAGCACUCAAACGAGAGAGGGAUCUAUAGAAAAUGCAGCUCCCAAUUUCACGUGGAGUGUGAAUUCUAGUCGUGAUUUGGCGAUAUACGUUGACCCAGAAAAUACUACCGCAGUAAUUAGCAACGAAAACUUGUGCGCGCCCAAUCCGGCAGACGAUCCGCCGAAACCUAUCCUUCUUAUCAUUGUGUGCUCAGCAGUGGGCAAUACAAAAGCACGUGAGGCCAUACGUGAGACAUGGAUGUCGCUGGAACCUAAUCAGACAACUCCGUUUGAUGUGCGAACAGCUUUUCUGCUCGGCCAGACAGUCAAUGAUAGCAGGCAGAAUGACGUGUUGAUGGAAAGCAACUUGCACGGGGAUAUAAUUCAAGAAGGAUUUAUCGACGCUUAUUUGAAUUUGACCUUGAAGUCUGUGAUGAUGUUGAAAUGGGUGAAGACUUUCUGCCCCCAAGUGACCUUUGUCCUUAAAACGGACGAUGACAUGUUUAUAAAUGUACGCACGCUUACCGAGUACCUGUCGCAAUCUCACGUUCUGCAGCGCAAAGACUUGAUCGUAGGCUCACUUUUUUGCCGUGUUAGCCCCAUCAAAGACGCCGGUAGCAAGUGGUACUCACCCCUCUUUAUGUACAACGCUAAAGUGUACCCCGAUUACGUCAGUGGAACGGGUUACGUUAUUAGUGGGCCGUUAGUGCCCAUUCUAUUCGAAGGCGCCCUCCACGUGCCGCUUUUCCACUUGGAGGACGUUUACACAACAGGGAUGGUAGCGAAACAGGCUAACAUCAUUCCGGAGAACAGCAACUUGUUCAGUUUUAUCAAGCAUCCCACAGCCAAUUCUUGUCUCUAUCGCAAAAUCAUCACGUCGCACGGCUUGAACCCCAGCGAAUUAAAGUCCAUCUGGAGCCGAAUCAACGAUCCUCACCUGGAUUGCACCUCCGUCCGCUUGCCCAAAAUCGGCGAUCCAAAAUUCAAAAAAUGCCACAAGGCCGCACGUUUGACCGUCCAUCGCGGAGGUAGAAGGGGCUAUGGCUAAGCCCAGUCGCCGAUUUGAGGGGGGCGCCAAUGACGUGAGCUCGUUUCCUUUUUAGAUUAGAUUCACCCUCUUUGCCUCCCUCCUUACUAAUAAGGUUAAAACCACUUGCAAGGAUCUAACUCGAGUGUGAAAUUUCGUUGAAUUGAACUAGAAAAAUUCUUCACAAGGUCUGUCAUUAGGUUAAUUCUACUUUCCUAGUCCAAGGAUUUGAACGCUGGGGUAUGUUCGCCAGUGAAAUUGUAAAACAGAUUGUUUACCAUGACCGAAAGUCAUGAUUUUCCUUUUUGAUUUGGUCUUAUCAUAUUUUCUUCUUCCUUUAUUCUUUAUUUUUUUUUUUAACCAGAAAAAAAAAUAUAUUGUAUAUUUUGUUGGCCUUUUUACAGCAUCGAUUUGUCGAUAGAUAUCGAUGUGUGUGAUACGUCCCGGUAACUGCCUUGAUUGCAGUGCGCCAUCACUUUGUUUUGAUGUCUCCCGUGAGAAUGCGAACAAAUACAAUUUAGCUACUUAAAAAAAGUAACGAUUUUGAUUCAUCUCAUGUCCAACAGUCAUCCAUAUAUAGUGAGAACUGUUCGAAGUACGUAGGUAAAAUAAAAGAAUCAUCGGGGCAUAUAACGUUCAUGGUCGAAACUUGUUGUGACAUGGUAAUGAUGGAGCUCCUAACUACAUGGGAAUCGGACCAGAAGCUGAGACGUUAUUGUCUCGGCGGAGAUGUUCCGAAUUCCGGCGAACAACGGGCUUAACACUGGCGUUCUCGGGAGUAGUUAGUAGUAGAUACAGUAAAUAGAUUCUAUUAGAGAUGUAGCACGAUUCAUUCCGUUUUUCUUUUCAUUCUUUCGCUUUUGAAUUGUAUCGUCGCCCUUUACAAAAGAAGAAGAAGAAAGAAAAGGGUCGAAUAAUCGUUGCUCAUUUUGUCGUUGCGUUGAAGUCUCGUUUUUUAAUUCUUCGCCUCGGCUGGUUCCCGACUCGCACGCAUUGCUGGUCGUCCGAAACCAGUUGACCUACAAUAUGGUCAUUCCAACCAAGCGUCUCAAUCGUUUACCACUCACCGUUUCUUCUUCUUCUUCUUCUUCUUCUUUCCUCCGCUUAUUCUAUUCCCCCUUGUAGUUUAACUCGUUUUCUUUUGACAAAAUUCAACUAGACUCAUCGACUCUCUCUCUAAUGUAAUUCACCCAUAUUUCGAGCUCGAGUAAAGUUAUUAUGCACAAACACACGCAGCAGAGCUAGGGGAAAGAAAAGAAAUCCGCAUGGAUUCGUCGCUCAACCGCACCACCGCGAAGACGCGCCCGCUCAUCAUCAUCAUCUCCUCCUACCCCUAUUCCUCCUCCUCCCUCCCUCCUUUGGCUCGUCUUGGUACCUCUCCUGUCUCGCCCACCACCGUCUUCUUCUUCAUUCUCUCCCUGCAGCGCUGCUGGCGACCGAGCCACCCGUCAGAGGUUUAUAUUGAGCCGCUCCAUCCACUUGAGAUCCAGUUGUCCUCAAGCCUCUCGAACGUUAAGAUGUUGACACGACCAAGUUUCCUCCUUGUGCUGGCCUGUGCUUACGUUCAUGUCUCCUCCAUUCCACUCGUCGGCCCACCUUCCAUCCGACCAUUAAUUUGCCUCAACAAAAUCACCAACCAGUCAGGCGUGUGCAUGUUCACGAUGGAUUGCCAUCGCAUCAACGGGACGGCCAUCGGCGUGUGCGGCGACCGUUUCUAUUUCGGCUCGUGCUGCAUCGUUCCCGCCCUGGAUGAGGAGCUGAAGGUGCUGGAACGCACAGCCGGAGCGCCCAACAAAAGGCGGCAGAACGCGGCCAUCCACCUGUUGGAGAUGAAAGAAGAUCGCUCCCUUUCGUCGUCGGAAGAACUUCAACAAGAGGAUUUCGAAUAAUUUCAUCUCGAAUAUCAGAAGAAUUGGAUAUAUUUUACGAUUAAUAUUUGGUCCAAUUUCUGAUUUGGGUGCGUGUGUCAAAUUAUAGCGCCGGUCGCUACUGCUGGUUAUAUAUACGUACGUCAACUGUUACUCGUUUUAUCUGUUACGUUUUGAUCGGAAUUUCAAUACAUUUUUCUUUGGUACCACUAA